AUGUCCUCCAUCUCCUCCCUGAGCUACGAUAGCUAUCAGCAAAAAUGCAUCACUACAGAACAAAAAAAAAAAAAACCUCUCAAUAGGAUAUUGUUCAGUCCACCAUGUUGUUUUUUUCCUCUUUCAAUCAUCAGCUCAGCCAAUGCAACCCCAGAGUUUGAGGGCAGAGGAGGUGAAGAGCUGGGGACGGAGCUGAGUAACACCCUCUACAAAGUCUUCAACAACCAGCACAGCUUGGAUCUGAAGAGCCUCUGCAUAAGUCCUGGCGAGCACUGCUGGGUGCUUUAUGUGGACGUGUUGCUUCUUCAGUGUGAUGGGAAUUUGUACGACGCCAUCUCAGUAGCGAUCAAAGCUGCUCUCUUCAACACAAAGUGAGUUUGUUCAGAUGAUUUACGGGUGGAUGGAAGAGGCUGCGAGGACUACAGACACAUGGAAGUAGAAACAGAUGUGGUGUCCAACACUGACGGAUCCGCUAAAGUCACUCUGGGUCACACUGCAGUUCUGGUUGGGAUCAAGGCUGAGAUCGGAAAACCGAGGCCGAUGGUUGCAAACGAGGGAUAYCUGGAGUUCUUCGUUGACUGGUGGCUCUCUGACGACCCGUACGACUGCAUGAGACUCGCUGUGGAAAACGUUCCCUGCAUAGUGACUUUAUGCAAGAUCGGCCACAGACACGUGGUGGACGCCACCCUGCAGGAGAAGGCCUGCUCUGUGGCGAGCCUCAUCAUCUCCGUCACACACAAAGGAAUAAUCACCUGCAGCAGGAAGGUGGGGAGAGGCAGCCUGGACCCAGAGAGCAUCUGUGAGAUGAUAGAGACAGGAAAACGAGCAGGAAAAGCUCUCCACCCUCCUCUCAUGAAGCUGCUGCAGCAGGAGGAGAGUCUGGGCAAGAAGAGGCAGAAAGUCGGAUUCCUUGGCUAA